AUGUCUACUCAGGAGACCGCAAAGACUCUAUACUUGGAAGCCAAUGGCACCAACUACACCUACCGCAUUAUUGGAAAUCGGAGCGAUGAUUCCUCCCCGCCCCUUCUUAUGCUCAAUCACGUUCGAUCUACCAUCGACACCUGGGACCCUUUUGUCAUCAACAACCUGACCGCAACCGGUCGUCAAGUCAUCACGUAUGACUACGCCGGACUGGGCCACAGCAAUGGCACCAUCGCGCCCAGCAUCAGGGCCUUUGCUCUCAACCUACUGGCCUUUCUCAGCGUCCUCUUACCCACCAUGCACACGCCUCACGUCGACGUGCUUGGCUUUUCCAUGGGAGGCUACAUCGCCCAGCAGCUGGCUCUCGACUCUCCCGAUGUUGUACGCAAACUGGUUCUUGCUGGCACUGGGCCUAGCUUGGGUCCCGACCUUGAACGCCCCAUGACCGAAGUCCAGUCAACAGUCUUCAAUCCGACUCCAGGAAUCCCCACUAUCGAAGCCUUCUUUCCUUCUUUCACCACCGGAGACGAAGGCGCCGCUUGGUUCAAUCGAAGCACAACCUCUCGUACCGACAUGGCUGGGCAAAAUGGCGAGCCGGAUAUUGCCCUCUUUACUACGGGAGAUGAUCUAGUCAACCUCACCCAGGCAUAUCUGACUUGGGAUGCUGAUCCGGUUCCUUACGCCCUCCUUCAGACUAUCCAGAAGGACGCCCUUGUCACCAAUGGCGAUAAUGACCUCAUCGUUCCCACUAAGAACUCCUAUGUUUUGGCCAGGCAAUUGCCCAGAGCUAAUUUUGUCAUGUUCCCCAGCAGUGGUCACGGUCAUUUAUUCCAGUAUGCUCGAUACUAUACUAAACUUGUUGGCGAAUUCUUGGAUGGAAUGCUCCCCACGGCGCCGUUUUCCUCUGGCAAUGCUCCGGCAUUUGGGACCUACGGUCGUUAUAACCAGUAG